AUGUGGGAUAAAAAUAUCUUUUUUUCCCCUAGUCCUAAUUUUAAGACAAUAAUGGCAACCCUGGGCGUUGCUGACAGGAGGCCAAAAGCUAACACCAGUGCUGGGCCACGGACCCACAGCGCCGAGCCCAGCGGGACCCCACAGAGCGGACGGGGACAUUGGCGGCCGCCCGACGUCAAACGCUCAACACGCGACCAGAGCACCCUCAGGAGAAGGAGCCACCUCAGCCCGUGUUCCGAACCGCGGGACCAUCGGCGGUCCCCUCGCCUCAGGGAAGGCGGAGCCGCAUCGAGCACCGCUGCCCCCUAGCCAUCGCCGCGCAGGGGAAGCGGCGGCCGCCCGAGUCUCGCGAGAACCGGCGCUGCCGCCGCCAUGGAGCCGCCGGUGCGCGGCCCGCCGGGGCUGCCGGCCGUGCUGGCGAGCACGGACUGGUCCGAGCCCUGGCUGCUGGGGCUGGCCGCCUUCCACCUGCUCUGCUUCCUGCUGACCUGCGCGUCCCUGCAGCACCGCCGGGUGCAGGUCGGGCUCUUCCUCUGCAUGGUGGGCUUAGUGUACUGUGCUGAAUAUAUCAAUGAAUUAGCAGCCAUGAAUUGGAGGCUCUUUUCUAAAUACCAAUACUUUGAUUCAAGAGGAAUGUUCAUUUCACUUGUAUUUUCAGCACCACUGCUGGUGAAUACUAUUAUAAUUGUGGUCUCCUGGGUUUACAGAACUUUGAAUGUAAUGACUGAACUAAAGAUGCUACAGCAGAGAAGGAAAGUAGAAAAAGAGAAAAAGAAGUGAAAGUGCCAAACUUUUUCUUUCUUCAGUUGUAAUUAUGCCUGUCUGGACAAUCAGUCCUUCUGUAAGGGUAUGCAGGAACAGAAGUAUUUUUGUGUCUGUUGUCAAGAGGACUUUGUGAUUGUGGCUGUGGGCAUUGAGGUGAAAGCAGGUAUCUACAGUACAUUUGACUUGGCUGUGAAAUUAUGAAACCAGUCUUAACAAGUCUUUUGCCCUUCAGCGUAAGAUUGUUUUCCUCCAUGACCAAGGCUGUUAGUAUUGUUGAGGCACAAUCCCAGUUUCCAUUUGCCUGUGUAUUUUUUUACUAUGUCUUUAUUCUGUGCUUAUCAAGUAUCAGUUAUUCUGCUGCUUAAGCCAAUGGGAGCUGUGUUGUGAAUUACAGUAAAUGAGAGAUUUUAUUCAGAAUAACUCAGGAAUCCAUGCUUCUGUGAAGCACUUCACUUCUUUAUAAAUCAAGUUUCAUACUUGCUAUGUGUACUGUGUGCCAGUGGCAUUUUAUAAAUAAAACUAUCCUCUUACUGUAUCUCAAA